AUUUUGUAUAAAGUUUGGAGUGAACCUCUUGUGGAUUGUUUUUAUUUUAUAAAUCGUCGCUGAUGCAUUCUAUUUCCGGUGUUUUAUUCGGGUGAUGCGUGCGCGCAAGUGAACAUGGCGCGGGGGGGUGUCGUGCUCCUCGUGCUAUGGGUGGCCGUCGCCGCCGACAAACAUGAGGUGUCAAACACAACUACACCAGAAAGCACCACAGCGGCUCCUACACCACCGAUACCCUUAAGACCAGAAUACGCCCAUCCUGCCGGCGUUGAAAACUUAGACCCUUACAAUUCAGAAAAGAAUCACGCAGCACCACAUCAUAGAGAUUAUCUAGAAGAAGACUAUGAUCACGAAUCACAUAAAGAAGAUGAACAUGAAAAUAGAGAUGAUGCUGACGAACUACCUUCGUUAUCAGGAGAUCAUCUCUUACAAAGUUCGACUGAUGACUUGCCAAUGUUUCUCCUAGAACCACAGCACGCUUAUGUGGUGAGAAACAAACCUGCAGUGUUAAGGUGUCGGGCAGCAAAUGCUCUACAAGUGUAUUUUCAAUGCAAUGAUGUGAGAUCGGUGCCUAGUACGCAGUUUGAAUUUGUGGAUCCACAAAGUGGUGUGCGAAUUGUGGAGGCUGAGUGCAAUGUGACGAGAGAUCAAUUGGACGAAUAUUUUGGUGAAGACAGAUUCACUUGCACGUGUAAUGCUUGGAGCAGCAAAGGUGAUAUUAGAAGUCAGCCCGCAGUCGUCGAGUUGGCAUAUCUCAAGAAGCCCUUUGCCGUAUCACCAUCUCCAACCUCAGUCGAGGCUGGUUCUGCUGCUUCCUUACGUUGCUCCCCUCCUGCUGCAGCACCAGCUCCCAGAGUCUCCUGGCUGAAACAUGGACAGCCAUUGCAGCAAGAUCAUAAUGUCCUCAUUUCUGCUGAGGGAAAUCUUCUCAUAUCAAGAGCUACUUUACAAGACAUGGCGAACUACAGCUGCGUCGCAGAGAACAUUGCCGGCAAGAGGAUCUCCGAACCCGCCCUCUUGACUGUCUAUGUGUUAUUGUCGUAA